UGUCAUUGUCACUGUCAUUAGUGUAUAAAUAAUCUAGAAAAAAACAUAAUAAUAUACAGAAAAAGUGCAGAAUUUUAUAUUAAAUUGUGUUACGAGAUAUUAUACAACGUAAAAUAUGAAUUACCUUCGAUCGACUGUGAAUGCUGUCAGGAGGAUGCCUCGUAUGGCGAUGUCGAGUGAUGCGGGGAAGACCAUGGACACAACUUAUAUGGAAAUCCCUGUUUAUGAUGUAAACAGGCCACAGACUCUUGAAAAGCGUAAGGCAAGGCUCCACUACCAAUCGCGUAAACGAGGGAUGUUGGAGAACGACCUACUGCUCAGCACCUUCGCUAAGAAAUACCUCGACGGGUUCAACGAGGAACAGACGCUCAUGUACGACCGGCUCAUCAACUCGCCCAGCAACGACUGGGACAUCUUCUACUGGAUUGUGCAGAAAAAACCUACCCCCCAGGAGUUCAACAACGAAAUCAUGGACCUUCUAAAGAAACACGCUAGAAAUGAGGAGAAAGUAGCUCUCCGCCAACCAAAUCUGCAUUAGAAACUAAUUAGGAAGAAUGUUGCUGAAAUUAUAGUUAAAACGCUUUUAGUACCUAUUAGUUAAAAAAAAUGAUCU